CGGCUGCCUGUAGGAGGACUCACUAAGGGCAGCAAACACACGGUGGUUAAAUCAGAAACCAAAUUCAAAUCUCUGAAACAGCUUCAACAGAACCAGUGGAGGUACAUUCUGUGGCACAUGCACAUGUUGUGGAGUAACACUGGCAACUGACGUACAUCUGAAGGCUCCAGGUACAGCUGAGGAUUUAUGUGCCAUCCAUUCAGAGCAGCAGAUUGUGUUGCUGAAACGAGGGUUAUGUGAUGCCCACAGAGAUGUCUGGACUGACCCCUCAUCAGAGCUGAAAUGCCCUCAUUCCAUCACAUCUGUGAGAGUCAAGGCAGAAGAGACUAAAAUAGAGUCGGAGUCUCCAGAGGGACCGAUGCUGAGAGGAAUCCACCCAGUAUAAACACAACCCACGAUCUCUGCAAUCCUCACAGCAACGCUUUGUUCUUAGACCCCAAAGGCAAGGGCUUUUAUGAGAUGAGCGGUGUAGUUUGGGAUUAAAGCAAUAACUGUGUGCAUCAAGGAUCUUCAAAUUGUCUAUCUGUUAUCUAUUUCAAUUGGCUUGUGUGAUAUUUCUCAGGAUGGGACUUGUUAUGACACAAGAACAUUUAACAGGCCUAAACUGAAUUGAAACUCUCAAACGGUGUUGAAAUUAGAUCAAAUGGACAAUUUCUUGAUCUCCAGAUAGAAAUCCAUGCUAAUUACUGGUUUAAUCAGAUCUACGGCGGCUUUACUUCUCAGAUCACAUUGGAUUUGAUCUCUAUAGGAACCCCAAAGGGAUUUGAAGAACUCACACUCAACCAUGAAGGAGGAAAUCCUGCAGUUUUUCAACGAUAUAUGGAACCUCGUUUCAGCCAAGCAAAACGAGAGCAUCUACAACACUGUGUGCCUGGUGGUGCUUCUGACUCUACCGCUAGUUAUCAUCUUCACUUCUCUGCUGAUUUGCUGUCAUUGUUGCUGCUGUCGUAAUGCCGACAGAUCCCCGUGUUGUUGUUGUAAAGGUGAAACCUCAGUCCCUGAUGUGAAAUCCGAAAAGAGGAAAAAGAAAAAUGGCAACCAGAAUGAAGAAGACUUGUGGAUAUCUGUCAAAACAGAUCCCAUUAGUAAUGAAAGACUUGCACUGACUAUGGUUUAAAAGGGAAUGAUCGAUGAACAUAAACAAUUGUAUAUUUAUUUAUCUUCAUGGUACAUGUAAAGGUACAAAUGUGUUACAGAAGUGUUUACUAAAAUGUACCUGAAUGUAAAAAAAAUUCUAAAAAGAAUUUCAAAAUAAUUUUUGUAUAGAAGCAAAGUUUAGGAGUGAAUGAGUAUGCAAGAAGAUGCUGUAUGAUGUGUGUGUGGUCCUGAAAAGCUUUACAAUAAUAGAAAUUCUUAUCUUUAAAUGUUUUAAAUGCCGAAGAGCAUUCUGUCCAAAUGGCCACUUAGUUUGCAUUUACACUCCGAUCUUGAUACCCAAUGUCUAAUUGUUGACUAAAUCAAUUUAUUUCUUUUUUUUUUUUUUUUUUUUUUUUUUUUUUUGAUGACCCAUAUCUGGUAUAUAGAGAGAUUUGGCAUGAAACUCUGAUGAUGCAAUCCAAUAGGUCUAACUCAGUCUGACAUAGUGACAUCAUCACAUGGCAGAGAUCUGCUACAAGGUGAUUAAUGUAUGCGAUGGGGUUAUUUCAUGUAUGUUAUAUUUGCAGCAACAAUUUUUCUUAUAUGAUCACGGCAGCAUGUUGUGGAUGUAUUGGCAGUAUCAAGUCUAGGUACUUGCUCUGCCGCAGCAGCAGCAGUGUAGCAGAUCCAUUCUCCCAAGACCAAAUACAUUAAAAUGGUUAUGUACAUUACCAUGCCAAAUCCCUCCAAGAGUUGUCAUGACAGAACUGCAUUUACAUUAUACACUUAGAGCAUUAACUUAAAAUAGACACACUGACCUGCAAAAACUAUGGCAUGAUUUGCAAUGGAGGCAGAUUAAAUGAUAAAGCAAGCUUUUGCUUGACAUAAAACCUCAGCAUGACUCCACUGGCUUGAGCCGUCUUCCACCAUUUAAUUGAUCUGAUCUAUCCAUUUACUUAGCAGACACAAAUAAACGUAUCCGAUUCAUAUCAGAUCAGAAUUGUGUCACUUGAACUAUGUAGUGUAAAUUUGGCCUAGGAACAGCAGAGGAACUUUUCAGUGUUAGCAGUACUCUGCUUAUCUUUAUCUGUGCGGUCUAGACAGUAUUAGUGGUGGGGAUUUUUCAGUGACAACAAUCUUUAUGAGUGAAUCUUUGAUUUAUUAAUUCAGCUGAUUUGUUCAGCUACAAAGACUAAUUCAGGAGUGAAAUUAGUUACCAUCAAUAUGAGUGAGUCAUUGAAUCAUUUACGUAACCGAUUUAUCCAAAAUUAAUUCUGGAAUGAAACAUACCACUGCUAAGUGACCCAACCGUUGAUUCUGUUUUGACUACAUUUGGAAUUUGUUAGUUGCCAGAGUG